UAUUUGUCAGUGUAAUGGACCGUCGCACGCUUUUCCUAUGAGCUAGUAUAUGAUUAGAAGAGAUUAUGGUUUUUUUUGAAUGAAAAUAAAGUUUACUGGUUUACGAUGGCAUCUUAUAAACCAGUCUCGCAUGUGCUUUUCGACAUGGACGGGUUGUUAUUAGAUACGGAGAGGUUGUACACUCUGUCUUUCCAGGAGAUCUGUGAUCGGUUUGAGAAGACGUACACCUGGGAGAUCAAGUCCACUGUGAUGGGAAAGAAGGCGCUGGAUGCAGCCACGAUCAUCCGAGACUCUCUGGAGCUUCCCAUGACGGGCGAGGAGUUGCUGGAAGAGAGCAGAGCAAUCCAGGAACGUCUUUUCCCCUCUGCUUCCUUGAUGCCAGGUGUGGAGAAGCUGGUCACACAUCUCCACAAGCACAAAAUCCCCAUCGCCGUGGCCACCAGCUCCGCCGGCGUGACCUUCCAGAUGAAGACAAGCCGCCAUAAAGACUUCUUCAGCCUGUUCAGUCAUGUCGUUCUUGGAGACGACCCAGAAGUGAAGAAUGGGAAGCCUCAGCCCGACUCCUUCCUGGUGUGUGCCAGCAGGUUCGACCCCCCAGCUAAUCCAGAACAGUGUCUGGUUUUCGAAGACGCGCCCAACGGAGUGAAAGCAGGCUUGGCAGCUGGCAUGCAAGUGGUCAUGAUUCCCGAUCCGAACAUGGACCGCAGACUUACACAGGAGGCCACGCUGCUGCUGGAAAACAUGGAGGACUUCAAACCUGAGCUCUUCGGCCUUCCUGCUUACGAUUAAAAACACUGAUUCAUACCACAGCUUUUCUUUAAUCAGUCAAUCUAAAAUGAUAUUAAGUUAAACCUCAGUUCUUAUGAGCCACGUAAACGCUGCAACUUGUAAUUAAAACCGGCGAUUUUUUUACUCUGAGACGUUUCAAGGGAUCAACUGAAAAGAAGAGACACUACAAUGUACGCUUCAGUCUCUUAAUCAAUAUAAAGAAAAAGAAAACAGCACUCUGUUUGUCUGUCAUGGUUCAGUGUUGUAGCUUGGCCACGCUCAUGAAGCUCUGCAGGAAAUUCAAUUGAACACAAGCUUAAUGUGAUUGGUGCAGCUCAGUGAGCCAAUCACAAGCCACGAUCUCUCAGCGCACCCAUUAUGCGCUCAAGCGCCGACGGCUCGAACGACACCCAAGCUGAUUUUGAUUACGCCGCUCAAUUAGGCGCAAUCAAGCCAUUAGGCCACAUCGACGUAUUCCCCCUCCCCCCCUCCUCUUCAAUAAAUUAGUCACACUAAUGGUUUACUUCUAUAUUUAACACACCAAUAAUACGUUGUCCAAAAGCAGCGUAAAUCCUCACUUAUCGUCAUGUAUGCUAUUAACCUUGUUUCCUUAUUUUAGCGCUUUGUAUUGUUUUUGUUAUGUCAGGUAAAACGCUACCAAAGCAUUCCUUAUUUUUAUCUGCACCUUUUUAUUUUUUUUAAACUGCUUUUCCACCUCUUCGACACACAGCCACAAACCCAGAGGGUUUUAUU